AUGUUCUCCAGCAUACUUUUAGCAUUGACACUGCUUGUGUCUUAUGUUCAUGCUACAGCAUUGACAUUUGCUUUGGAGCCAAAUGAAAAGCAGUGCUUCUAUAUAUUCAAUAAUAAACCAAACUCGAAUGUUGGAUAUUACUUUGCCGUUCAGUCGGGAGGUGCAUUUGAUAUCAACUAUUACAUUAAGGCUCCAAAUGGGGUUGUUAUUGUCAAAGCAGACAAAUUAACACAUGCUGACUACAUUUUCACGGCGGACCAAGUUGGUGAAUAUGAGUUUUGCCUAAGUAAUGACAUGUCCACUUUUGCAGAGAAGAUUGUUGACUUUGAGAUCAAGGUUGAUGAUGAUUUCAAAGCUUCGCUUCCAGAGGCACCAAAGGGAAAUGCUGCUGCUGAAGGUAUGCAGAAGACUGUUAGCAGUAUCGAGCAGAAAAUUAACCAAUUGGCAAACUCUUUGGCAUACUACAAAACAAGAAAUAAUAGGAAUCAGUCUACUGUCAAGUCUACUGAGAGCAGAAUCUUUUGGUUCUCUAUUAUUGACCUCAUGUUGAUGGCUGGUAUAUCUGCAUUCCAGGUUUUGGUUGUCAAGUAUUUCUUCCAGGGAUCAAGAAAGCAAAUGGUUUGA